AUCAGCUGUUCCCUUGAAUCAAUCCGCAGUUGGGCACGCACUCACGUAGCUCUAAAAUCUGAAAACCUCUGUAAAAAUUCCCUUUAACUUAAGUUGACUGAAAGCAACAAAAAAAAACCGAAAGAAAGAUGAGCCCAAUCAGUGCGGAAGACAAACUGAACUACGUGAAGUCAAAGAUUGGAGAGUAUCCAAACUUCCCGAAGGAGGGCAUUCUAUUUCGCGACAUUUUUGGAGCCCUCACCGAUGCUAAGGCCUGUGUUUAUCUGAGGGAUCUGCUCGUAGAUCACAUCCGGGAAAGUGUUCCCGAGGCGGAGAUUAUCGUGGGACUGGACUCGCGGGGUUUCCUCUUCAAUCUCCUCAUAGCCACUGAGUUGGGUAUAGGAUGUGCCCCGAUCCGAAAGAAAGGAAAGCUGGCCGGUGACGUGGUUUCCGUGGAGUACAAGCUGGAAUAUGGAAGUGACACGUUCGAGCUGCAAAAAUCCGCCGUCCAGCCUGGUCAGAAAGUCGUAAUCGUAGAUGAUCUACUAGCCACAGGUGGUUCCUUAAAAGCUGCCUCCGAAUUAAUCCGCAAAGUAGGUGGCAUUGUCGUGGAAAGUCUGGUAGUUAUAGAACUUGUUGGCCUGGAGGGUAGAAAAAAGCUGGAUGGAAAAGUACAUUCCCUCAUCAAAUACUAAGAACAAAUCAAGUUGUGACUAAGACCUUCCACAUUUGCAUUUACAUAUUACCUCUCAUUGGGGCUUUUCAAUAAGCGAAUUUGUAAAACAACUUUUAAAUGUUAACAUUUUAUGAAAAAGAACGCUAUUUUUGUAAUGGAAUAUAUUUGGAAUUGAUAACAGAAGCUUUUAAUCUAUCAAUUGUACUUGUAAGUUAGGUCAUUCAACUUGGAGCUGAUAAGAUUGAUUAAAAAAGGGAAAUUUAA